AUGGCCGCGCCGUCUGGUUUCGGAUUCGGCAAUACAGGACCGCAAUCUUCUUCGCAGGCAGUGUUUGCUUUUGGUUCAAGAGUUUCACAGGCUGCCCCUCCUUCGGCCAGUGAUGAUAUUGACGACAUCACGGCUCUUACUCACAGCAUGAAUCAGGUUAGCAUCAUCAACUCAACGCCGCCUUCUGUUGCUCUGCGACAUGUCAUUCAGAAGCUGCUUGCUCAGAAACAAAGCACCCUUCAGUUCAAGAGCAUCCUCAUUCAAGUGCUGGAUAUGAGCAUAGUCAAAGUCGAUGAAAUCGUGGGUGAACUGGAGGCUAUCGAGCUUCCAAGUGAAGAGCAAAUGGCUGCUGGGUCACGCAGGAGGAAAACAAACAUUGGGCCUGUAGCAGCCUAUGAUGAGCCAGAAGAGAUGUUAAUGAUUGACUACAACUUCACUGAGGUUUUUACUCCUGAAAAUAAUCUCAGCUUUGUUGAAGAGGUAAACAAAAAAGUUUCUGACCAGAAUGUCAAGAACUUCAGCCAGCAAAUUCAUCCAACAUGGCUGAGGAACUGGUUUGUAAGAGAGAAUUCAAGAAAGCAUAGAGCUUUCUUUCUCAAGUUGAUGCUCUUCCUUGCUAAGAAUGAUUAUCAGAAUUAUAUCCCGACGACCAUGUCAACCAUCAUUUACAAAGACGAGGACAUCAUCCCUUUGAUUGUUACUUAUGUGACAGCCAAUGGCAUCAUCUUUCAUCAUCUCUGUCGCUCUGCUUUGAAGGAGAUGGAGAGCAAAGGCAUCACGCUCAGCUCUCUAGACCUCGAAAGAGCUCUUGUUGAGAUUAAGAACCGCGUCGAUACAGGCCAGAUUACAACGCCGGGCUCUACUUCUUCUCGCCAGUUGCGCUCUGCCUCGAAAGGAGGACAGAGGCUGAGGUAUGAUGAGAGCAGGGACAGGGACAGGGAGGACGAUCAGGGGGCUCUAUCUCUGGGAGACAUCGCUGACCUAAACAACUUCCAAUAUGAGGGGAGCGACCUCUUCUGCCAUGUGCUGGACAAGCAUGAAAAUGAGGAGGAGUUGUGCAGCUCAAUAUCCUUCGACUCUUCUCAUCUUGCAGCCAACCUUUCCGCAUUAGCUGAUGAGACUGCCGGAGUGUCGAGCUGGCAAGCUGAUGUAGUAUCGGAGGUUGCGCUCAGCUCGACAAGGUUUGACAAAGUGAAUGAGGAGAUUGCGGGGGCAGAGGAAGCCUUCUAUCCUCCGACAACGUUUGAGACCGGAUGCAAAGCGUCUCCGUAUUUCCAUGUAGAGGAGGAUGAAGACCAUCUUGAAGAGGAAAGCGAGGCAGAUGCUGCUGCUGCCGACGAUGACAGCGAUGAUGACAAGGAGAAGCAGGUUGAGCAGAUUCAGAGUGUUGGAACAAAUUUUCGAAGAGCAGAAGAUUUGGAGAUCUCUGAGAUACUGGAGACUGUGAUGGCAAUAGAGGAGCUGACCAGUGAAAUGGAGGGAAUUGAGUGUAUGCUGCAACAUCCUCACAGCCAGCAGCUGCUACUCACCCUCUGUCGCGCCGUUCGCGUCAUGGCAGAUGAUGAGAUGAUGAGACAUCGCACCAAGGCUUCGGAGGAAGAGGAGAGCAAGCAGGGUGAGGCAAGCAGGCAGAAUAAUCAGAUAUCCCAAGGGAAGAACGGGGCGGAAGAAGGAGAGGGGGAUGGUUGGACGAGAAACAUGAGAAGAAAUUGCUGUCAAUUCGCUCUCGAUGCGCUUUGCAACACCUCGAUGACUCGACAAGGAAGGGCCUGGAUGAUUGCAAACUUACAAGACCCUCGUCAACUUCUCCUGGACUUGUGA